AUGACGUCACGCGUUAGAUCUUCAAGUUCUACCACCAUGUCGGCUUCCUACGAACAUCUGCAGGGCUCGUAUGGCUGGACAGACACACUGAAGAGUAUUCACUAUGGACCUGGAGUGACUGCUACCGCUCUACCAAAGCUCAUACAACGUCUCAAUGUCAAGAAAGGCUUAAUCGUUACUGGGCGCAGUCUUUACACCAAGACUGAUGUAGUCAGCAAGAUCGAAGCACUUCUCACUAGCCUCGAUGCCUUUGCCGGCUCUUUCACAGAUAUAGGCGAACAUACACCUGUCGCUGGAAUUAACGCCUGCAUCAAGGUCCUAGAAGAAAGCAAAGCGGACUUCAUCGUUGCCGUGGGUGGAGGCUCCCCGGUCGACGGUGCGAAAGCAAUCCGGUACCGGUUCAUGGAAAAAACCGGGGCCACGAGUCCCAUUCCUCAGAUAGCCAUACCUACCACUCUCAGCGCCGCCGAAUACUCGAUCGGCGCUGGCUAUACAGACGAGAAUGGGUUGAAGGUCGCUGUUUCUCACCAAGAACUUGCGCCUGCAGGGAUCAUUCUCGACGCGGAGUUGACCCUCCCGACGCCCAGACGUCUUUGGAUUUCCACCGGAAUCCGGGCCGUCGAUCACUGCGUCGAGAGCUUAUACCGACCAUUCGUUUCACCGCCAGCGAAAAUUCUGUGCUAUGCAGCUUUACGAGACUUGUUCGAGUACCUUCCUAUAUCGCAGGCGGACCCUACCAACAUUGAGGCUCGGCACAAACUUCAACUGGCGACAUGGAUGAGUCUCUGGCCGACCAAGUGGGAAAGAUACAGCGCACUCGGCCUUUCGCAUGCCCUUGGCCACAAACUUGGAGCAGCCUAUAGCAUUCCGCAUGGAAUCACCUCUUGCCUCACCCUCGCUCCCGUUGUCGCACUCCAGGCGCGCACUGCUUCAGCAGCAGACAAGCAGGCCCUCGCUCGAUGCCUCUUUUAUCUCGAAGAGCCCACUACCGGAUCUGUCGAAGGUGAUGUUCUGAAGCUAUCUGAACUGAUCACCGGGUUGGUUGACAGGCUCGGGUUGAAGAGCACGCUGGGCCAAUAUAAUGUGCCAAGGGAGGAUUUGCCCAAAGUUGCGCAGCGUGCGCUGCAGCCCGAGCUAAACACUCUCGAGGACGUUGUUGCGUUGUUGGAAGGAAUUUACUGA